AUGAUAGAUCCAGGCUGGUAUCUGAUGGAAUUCAAUAAAAAUCUAUUUCCUUAUUAUCCCAGUAAAAUCGACAAUAUUAUUCAUCCUGAUAAUUAUUCACGGCUGCAAUCAUUAGUUUUACCACAUGCUUCAUCUAAAUUGAUACAAUUGAUAUUUAAUGGGGAGUUUCCUCGUUUAAAAUUUUGUCAUCUUGGUAUAUGCGAAUCAGGUAAUGUUUCAUUUUCGAUGACAACACAACUACAAAAUCUUCGUCAAUUAACAAUACGAGGACGACUACAAGGUCAUGUAUUAGAAAAGAUAUUAAUGUUAUUAAAAAUGUCAGUUGGUAGCAAUGAAACUUUGGGCUAUGCAAAUAAUACUUAUCCUUCAUUGGAAAGUUCGUUCAGGCGAUCAGUUAAAUUUAAUAUUUUGAUUAGUUGUCAAAUUCCUUCGAUUCUUUGCAAUUUGGUUAUAUUCUAUUAUUUCAUUCGUUUACGAGAAUUACAAGCAAAACGACAUCAUCAUGUUGUAAUAUGUUUAUUAAUAUGUAAUUUUCUUAUAAUAACCGUGGAACUACCUGUUACUCUUAUAUAUCUUUAUCAUGGUGAACUUAUUCCAUCAUCUUAUUCUCUUUGUCUUUAUUGGGUUUAUAUUAAGUCUCUUCUUUUUCCAUCAAAUGCAUGGAUUAUGGCAAUAGCAUCAGUUCAAAGAUAUAUUUUCAUAUUUCAUAAACAUUGGAUGAAUUCUUAUCUCAAACAUUAUCUCCCCAUUUUUUUACCACCCAUUUUCUUAUCUAUCUGCUAUUUCAUACUUAUUUUCUUUUAUCCAUGUCAACAACAAUUUGAUUAUACACAAGCAUGGUGUUUUGGUGCAUGUUAUCUAUAUAAUGCAGUGAUUGGUACAAUUGAUUGGAUAGUUAGUUCAAUGAUACCUGUUGCAUUAAUUGUUAUUUUCAAUAUUAUCCUUCUUAUACGAGUAAUUUAUCAAAAAUAUAAGAUGAGACGCGGUAAUGCUUGGCGUACUACUCGUAAACUUUCUAUUCAACUUUUCUCAAUUUCUUUUCUUUUUCUAAGUAUUUAUUUACCAUUUAUUAUUCUCGGAUUAAUUCGAACUUGGAUUGAUCCAUUAUUUCUUUAUGGCGUUACAAUAACUUAUUUGGCUUAUGUAGCAUAUGUUGUAUCAUUAUUAAUGCCAUUUAUCUGCUUAAUUAGUCUCCCUGAAAUUGUAACAAAGAUAAAAGAAUUAUGUUGUCUUACUAAUAGAGUAGAACCAACACAACAACAAAUUGCAAUAACAUUGAACACAAGACGAAACAUUCAAUAA